AUGGCUCCCUUCCCACCUCCACCGGUGAGUACAAUUGAUUGGUCGAAUGUUGGCUUUAAAGUACGCGAGGUCAACGGGCACAUCGAGUCGACAUUCCGACACUCAGCACCCAACCCAUCAUGGUCCAAACCACGAUUCGUGCAGUCCCCGCACCUGUCCAUCCAUGGUAUGGCGCCUGGCCUGAACUAUGGCGUGCAAUGCUACGAGGGCAUGAAAGCAUUUCGAGCACCAGGGGGUGCAAUCACCAUCUUCCGCCCGAGGGAAAACGCCCUGCGUAUGCAGCACUCAGCCAGCUACAUCUCAGUCCCGCCAGUGCCCGAGGAGCACUUCACCGAGUGUGUCAACUUGGCCGUUGCAGCGAACGCCGAGUUCGUCCCGCCCCAUGAGACCGGCGCGGCCAUGUACAUCCGACCACUGCUGUUCGGGUCUUCCGCCCAGCUUGGCCUCAACCCGCCAGACGAGUACACGUUCGUGGUGUUCGUAAUGCCCACGGGCGUCUACCACGGCGUGCACGCCGUGGACGCCCUGAUCUUGGAAGACUUCGACCGAGCGGCACCAGAGGGGACCGGAAGCGCCAAGGUUGGCGGGAACUACGCCCCUGUGCUACGACACUCCGACAAGGCCCGAAACGCGGGCUACGGCAUCACCCUGCACCUGGACAGCAAGACGCGCAGUGAGAUCGACGAGUUCUCGACCUCGGGGUUUCUGGGCGUGCGCAAGGAUGCGGCGACAGGGAAGACGACGAUUGUCGUGCCGGACUCGAAGAAUGUGAUCAAGUCGGUCACGUCCGAGUCGGCGUGCGAGAUCGCGGAGAAGGUCUUCGGCUACGGGGUCGAGCGCCGUCGCAUCGCGUAUGCAGAGCUCUCGGAGUUCAGCGAGGUCAUGGCCGCAGGCACGGCCGCAAGUCUGGUGCCCAUUAAGAGCAUCACGCUGGCAUCCAAGAAUGAGAAGUUCGAGUACCCCGUGAACGAGAAGCUGGAUCCUGGUCCGGUGUGCGCGGAAUUGUUGAGCACGCUGAAGGGUAUUCAACAAGGGAAGAUUGAGGAUAAGUUCGGGUGGAACUGGACAGUCACGGAGGUACCCAAGGGAUUCACGAGCCAGGAGGUGAAUGGGGGUACCAAUGGCGCGGUGGAUUCCUUGCCGUGA